CAUAUAAUUUCAAAAUGUGCCUAUGCUCUAUAGGCUAUCGACUCAUUACAAGUGAAUACUUAUUUGCUUGCGCUGCUCUCUGAAAUAUCCUAGCGGAUUGGUUUUUUGUUUUCCACGCUCCAGCCUAUGUUUAAUGACAAUUAUAUAGACAUUUCACAAUUUGUGCUAGCGUAAUUUCGUUUAAACGAAGGCCAAAAUGGAUUCUGAAUCCCACCCAAACCCAGAUUUUUGGCACUCUUGAAUACCGUUAUAAUCACCAAGAGAGCUUCAAGUGGCCUAUCAUAAGCGAAGCCGAGACAAUCACGCUCCUUUAUGUUUCAAGUUAUGUACAUUGUCUCCUAUGAAUAGUGCGACGUUCAAGAGCCUCUUCACAUCCUAGUCUUGUGUACAGAAAUUCGAUUUUCGAUUACGGCUAUUAAAAUUAAAAUAUGCAAUUCUUCUGGUGGCGCGAUGCCUUCUCUGAUUGACAGUUGAAAUUGACACCCUGGCUGCCUCUAAUCUCGAGCAUUUGAAGCCAUCACUAAUUGCAGGUAGUCCAUCUUUUCAGUGUUUUCGAUUGCAUGGGAACUAUUAGGCUAUGCGAUUAUUUUAGGAGGUAGCCUACGGGUUGUACAUAAAGAGGAAAAGAAAUCCUAAUUCUAAUUGCUUCAUCAAAAUGAUCUUUUGUUGCCAGGGUUUAAAUGCCUAAGAAAGUAUUAUUCAUUGUUUUGCACCGGAUAUAGCUUGAGGUAUGGGCUGGUAGGGAUGCAUAGCCGAAAGCGCAAAGCAGAGCAGGGCGCAGAGCAGACUUCAGUCGCAGCUCCAGGCUUCGUCUACACGGCUGUUUUCCCACAAACAGAAUAGCUUCAUAAUGUCUCACUCCGACGGGGAGCCUCACGAGGAUGUGAAAGUAGAGGCUCCUUUCCUGCCCAGUCCUCCGGUAACACCGUCUAUGUGCUCGCCUCCGACCCUGGCCUCCCCGACGCCGGUUCGGUCUACCGGGAAAAACCAGUGUGCCAGCUGCGGCACAGAGAUCCAAGACAGAUACCUACUGAAGGUGAACAAUUUGAAUUGGCACGUGGGAUGUCUGGAGUGUUCAGUCUGCAGAGUAUCAUUACGUCAGCACAAUAGCUGCUACAUCAAAAACAAAGAAAUCUUUUGCAAAUUGGAUUAUUUCAGUAGGUUUGGCACCAAGUGUAGCCAGUGCGGGCGCCAGGUGUUUGCCACUGACUGGGUACGGCGGGCACGGGGCAGUGUGUACCACCUGGCCUGCUUCGCCUGCUACUCCUGUAAGAGGCAGCUGUCCACGGGGGAGGAGUUUGGUCUGGUGGAGGGCCGGGUGCUCUGUCGGGCCCACUAUGACACCAUGGUGGAGAACCUCCAGAGAGCGGCGGAGAACGGGACAGGUCUGACUUUAGAGGGAGCCUUGCCCUCGGAUCAGGAUGGCCAACCCAAACCAGCCAAGAGAGCACGCACUUCCUUCAGCGCUGAGCAGCUACAGGUGAUGCAGUCUCAGUUUUACCAAGACAACAACCCUGAUACUCAGACCUUACAGAAGCUGGCAGACAUGACAGGACUGAGCAGACGGGUCAUACAAGUUUGGUUUCAAAACUGCAGAGCAAGGCAUAAAAAGCAUCCUCCCCCCCCCAGUACAACGGUCACCUCCAGGACGCCCCUUACCCCCACUCUAGAUUGCCCCCCCUCACUGCCAGACAACCUCUACUCCCCCUUCAGCAGUCCUGACAGACCACACCUGCUGGCUCUGCAUGGAUAUAUAGACAGUCAUCCCUUCUCAAUGCUGUCCUCCCCUAACCACCUCAUCCACCCAGGCAUGACCUUACCACAGUUGCCCAUCAGCCACUAAGUCAUGCCCCUGAGACCACCUCCUCCACAAGCCGUCUCUCUCGCGGACCUUUCCAUCCCAAACCUCUGAGAACAGUUCAACAUCUGUCUCCUCCAUUUGACUACACAAGAGGACUUUUACCGUCUCCAUAGUAUGUCAAAGGUGGAGAUAUCACAUAUUCAAAUGGAUGGACGGUUUUUAUAAAGGCAGCUAGACUUUAGAUCGUCGUGGGGAAAACAUCCCAGUUCAAUACAAAUGUGGUGAUCAUCGGGACCAGAUUACACCACCCAUUCCUUGACAGGGAAUGAGUUGGAUCUCCAGGACCAGGGUUAGGAACAGGAAGACUCUUCCAACAGAACAUUUCAAUUCAAUCCCUGCGGAUUCAGAUUUUUCAUUGUCUUAUUCAUCAAUUUAUAGUACUGAAGGUAUUUUAUUUUUCAAUUCCAUUCGUUUUAAAUAUGACUUUUUUUCUGUUACUCCGUCUGCUUGUUUUCCUGUAUAAAACCCUCCCAUGCAUGGACUUACAUAUUUCUGUGUAAGGUGAGGAUGAAGACUCUUCUGAUCUUGUGUGUUUAGAGAGAGGCCGUCUUGUGUGUCCUAUUUACUUAUUUCGCUUGUGAAAUGGAAAGCUUGUGUCCAUUUAUUUAUUCAAAAAAUAUACUUCACCAAGAAGCACUUUUUAAAAAUGCUUUCAAAUGAAAGAAAUCAUUUAUUGUAAAUUGUACAUAUUUUACAGAUGUAAUAAAAUGUGCCUAAAAGAGUGUUGGAAAAAUAGAUCUGUUGAAAAAUAGAUUUCACGUAAAUUCACAUAGAAAUAAAACACUUUGGUUUUUCAGCAAGACAUGAAGGAUUUAAUUCUUAGUGAUCCCUUCGUGCACCAAAUCCCAUUAACGAGAUUGAUUUGACAACACCCAGUGCCAUAAUCUUUACGUUAAGGAUUUAAGUCCAAUCAUCUUGUGUAAUACUGAGAAUGCUGUGCUGAAGAUAAAAUACACACUUUAACUUUAACCCACCCACUCACCCCGCUGAUAGAAGCACCUUACACUCAUUGAACAACAUUAAAUCCACCAGGCCACCCGGUAAAGGCCAAGUAUCCUUCAUAACCUGUAUUUAACAGCAAUAUUCAUAGGUAUGUAACGGUCAAGCUACAGGUUGAGGGACCCCAAUUUAGUCCCUAUGUGUUUAACGUCCGCAACAAUCAAUCUGAUGGCAAGAACCAUUUAAAGUGUUUAACUCUGUGGAUAGUAUUGAUCA